AUGGAUGAGGAUAUUAAAGACGCGCCAGUUGAAGAGGAGAGUGACGACCUAAUUGAGGAAAUUGAUUUAGAAGAUAUUGAAAAGUCUAAACAAGCGCCUAAGCCAAAGCCAGCACCGAAAGAGACACCUGCGAAGGCAGCCAGACCGUCAGCUGCAGGACGCACACCCUCAGGCGGUAACAAGUCACUUCUUACGAAAGCUGAGCGUCAAGUGCAGCAGACAAAAGCUGCUAAGAAGGACGCUGAAUCACCAUUCAUGUUCUUGCACCCGCCAUAUGAUAAAUACCAGAACCCUAUUGGACAUCCCGACUAUGAUCCACACACAUUACAUAUCCCUCCAAAGUACUGGAAAGAAUUUUCACCAUUCGAGAAGCAGUUCUGGGAAAUCAAGGCUGAUCACUUUGACACAAUUUUGUUCUUUCAAAAGGGUAAAUUCUACGAGCUUUAUGAAAAUGAUGCUAUUAUUGGGCACCGAGAAUUCGAUUUGAAGUUGACGGAACGUGUCAGGAUGUGCAUGGUUGGUGUACCAGAGAUGUCUUUCGACUUCUUCGCCGCAAAAUUCUUGGCAUUGGGUUACAAAGUAGGUAAAGUUGAACAGCGUGAAACAGCAAUUGGUAUGGAUAUGCGUCAAAGAGCGGACAAGAAACCAGCAGGUGGAGCUAAAGCAGGCAAAUCUGAUGACAAACUCGUCCGUCGUGAAUUACGUUCCGUAUUGACGAAUGGUACAUUGGUAGAUCCAAAGAUGUUAGCUGAUGAGGCGGCAUCUCAUUGUGUAUCCAUCAAGGAGACUAGCAGUAGUAUCAAUGGUAACAAACCUACGUUUGGCUUAUGUAUCUUGGACGCAAGUACUGGUGAGUUCAAUCUCGCCACUUUUGAAGACGACAAGUCGAGAUCAAAACUGGAGACAUUGAUUAGACAAUUACGUCCUAAAGAAAUUGUUCAUGAGAAAGGGAAUCUCGACCAACUCACUUUACGUGUCCUCCGAAACAUUACGUCUAUUUCAUGUUUGUGGACAUCACUUAACUCCGGCAAAGAGGGAAUGGACGCGAUUGAAACUAUAACUGAACUGAAGAACUUGUUUAAUAAGGAUAAUGAAGAUGCUGAUAAAGUUAAACUACCUGAUGCUAUCGAGAGCCUCAUUGAAAAUACCGAGGCUAUUGAGUCUUUGGGUAACUUAAUGUGGUAUCUUCGUUCACUAAAUCUCGAUCGUGAUUUGUUAUCGCUCGGUAAUUUCAACAUUUACGACGCUACACGUGAAGGUCAAGCCAUGAUAUUGGAUGGUCGCACAUUAGCUCAUAUUGAAGUUCUUGUUAAUAGUGAAGGCGGUGAAGAUGAUACAUUGUUGAAGUUGCUCAACAGAUGCACUACGCCAUUUGGUAAACGUCUAUUUAGAAUCUGGUUAUGUACGCCCCUUCGCUCUUCCAAAGCUAUCAAUGAGCGUCUCAAUGCAGUCGAUGAUGUGAUAUCGAAUACUGGAUUUACUCAAGAAUUUGAUAGUAACGUGAAGGGUUUACCUGAUUUAGAAAGACUGCUUUCAAGAAUUCACGCUAUGUCCGUACGUCCAAAACAGUUCUUACAGGUUUUGGAGGCUUUCAACAGACUUCAACAAGUGUUUGAGAAGUUAGAAGAAGAAGCGAGUGAAUUUAAAUCGCAGUCUCUUAAAGCUACACUCAGAUCUAUACCUGAUCUCAGAGAAUAUAUAUCAAAUAUCGAAUCAAAGUUCGAUUUAACCGAAAAUGACACGCUUAUGCCAUGCGAUGGUGCUGAUGAAGCUUACGAAGAUGCUAAGAAGCUUAAUGAAGAUUUAGAACAAGAACUUGAUGAGAUCUUAGAGAGGUAUAAACGCGAAUUCAAGAUUAAGACUAUAAGUUACAAAGACGUCGGUACUAAAGAGAUAUACUCUAUUGAAAUGCCGAAAAAGACAUCUGUUCCUGCUAACUGGGCAAAGUUGUCGUCAACACAAAAGGUAGACAGAUAUUGGUCACCUGAAGUCCGUCAACUCGUACAGAAAGUUAAAGAAGCAAGAGAGACACGUGCUAGUGCUUUGAAUGACUUUGCUAAGAAGCUCUACGCAGCAUUCGAUGAAGAUUACAAGACAUGGAUAGCAGCUGUCAAAGCUUGUGCUGAAAUAGAUUGCAUUAAUUCGCUGGCAAAAUCAUCCAUCAACAUGGAAGAACCUAGAUGCCGACCAACCAUUAUAGAAGCAGAUGAAGCCAUCAUUGACUUUGAUCAGCUUCGCCAUCCUUCAAUGGCUCUCAGAAGAGAUUUCGUUGCUAAUGAUGUCAAACUUGGUGGUAACGAUGAGGGUACAAUGUUAUUAACUGGUCCGAAUAUGGCUGGUAAAUCCACGCUCCUUCGUAUGACUGCAGCUGCUGUCAUCAUGGCGCAGAUUGGUUGCUACGUUCCUGCUCAAAGUGCUACUAUUGCCCCUGUCGAUAGGAUUGCAAGUAGACUUGGUGCUUAUGACAAUAUGUUCAGCAACUCGUCAACAUUCAUGGUAGAGUUGGCAGAAACCUCUAAGAUCGUUAAUGAAACCACGCCGAAGAGUUUGUUAAUUUUGGAUGAAUUGGGAAGAGGUACAUCUACAACGCAGGGUAUUGCGAUCGCAAGUGCGGUAUUACAACACAUUGCCUCAUUUUUGGGUUGCUGUUUGUUCUCCACCCAUUAUUCAAGUUUAGGUGACUUUGGAUCUACACAUCCAAACAUCAAAGCCUGUCAUAUGGCUUCUGAAGUGAAUAGUGAAAAGAGAGAAAUACGCUUCCUCUAUAAGCUUGUUGAAGGUGUUGCACUUGAUAGUUAUGGUCAUCAUGUCGCUAAACUUGCUGGUGUACCACUUCCAGUUGUAGUCAGAGCUGAACAGGUAGCAACUGAGUAUACAGAGGCUAACAAACUGGAGCAAGAGAAGGCAGAAGCUAAAAGACACAAAACUAUCCCUCUUGCAGCUCAAUCUGACUUUGCAACAAUGAUUAGAUUAGCAAGACAAGGUGCAAAUGAGCUGACAUUUAGAGAUAAACGCAAUUUAAGAUUCAUCAGUGAAGCAAACAAAGUAAAUUGA